AUGUCUGGACGCAGCAAAAACAAACCGGAAGUAAAUUGUGAUGUUUACGUUUUGCUGUGUUGUUAUGUUUUGCAAAAGUGUUCAAUUUCAUUUUCGAUUUCAAUUUCUAUUGAUCCACAGAAUUUGUUUCCACUAACUGUGGUUUCCACGAAAAACUACUUUUGUUUCACAACACGAAUUAAUGGCUACUGCAAGCGGCAAUUCUCAAGGUUACUUUCCAGUCACACCGAAAACGGAUUGUCCACACGUUCAGGUAUUAAAUACACAUGAGUUUUAAUAUAUAUACAAAUUAUCAAAUGCGUCAAGUUUUAGGAUAAGACAUCAAAUUAUUAUUAUUUUAAUAAUAUUAACUUUAUACAAAGCCCUUUCGUAGGAUCUCAACAUUGUUUAGCCCUCCAUUGUUGUGUUAGUUACUUUCUGUUUCAUGUGUAUAUCAAUCUGCGAAGUGAAACUAUGAAAUAGGCGUAUACUAAAAUCGUUUGACAUUUGACAUGAAAUAUAUUGAAGAGUAUAGUAAUCCAGUGUUCAAUAGUGUUUAGUUGAUAUAGUGAAGAUUUGUGUAUUCAGUAUUACUCGGGCAUGGUAGCCUGUGCAGUUUCUGGAUAAAGCUUUAUGCAGAACUAAUAAAUCUUAGAAGUGAUUGAAGCUUAGCUUACGAGACAUGUAUUUCUGUGGGGCAAUAUCAGCUGGAAGUGUAGGCUGCUAAAUGGAAGGGGUAAUUACCUUGGCCAUAGAGUCUUGUUUCUGUGUAUGUGGCGUUUUAAACUCCAAUGCGACAAUCACAAAAACUAGGCUCUAUAGCCAAGGUGACAUGCUUUCCGGAAGCGUGUAUUAUGAAAUAGUGAUGGUCCAUUUCUUAUUAAAAUGCAGGGGAUAAGAAUUGCUGGCCAAGGCAGCUGUCAGCCUUGUUCUGAAGCCAAAGGUUGGCAGCUGCACUUCCCCUGAGUGUCAUUGCAAUCAGGUGAACUUUUUGAUUCAAUCCUUACAAAACAUCUGCAUUGAAAGUUCUACUAUUCAAAGUUAAUGCUAAAAUUGUGGGCUGGUUCUACUAUGUCAGUGCACCGGUUAUUUUGCACAAUAUUUGUCACUGCAUGGUAAUCUUAUUCUGCUAAAACACAGGUUGUGAAACAAACAGAAAGUUUAAACAUAGACCCAGGAGCACCGUGUCUGACAUGUCAAAAUGUUGGUGAGAAUUGGCUUUGUCUCGUUUGUUCUGAGAUUCACUGCAGCCGUUAUGUUAACGCACAUAUGGUGAGGCAUGGUGAGGAUACUGGCCAUGCAGUUACAUUGAGUUUUUCAGACCUGAGUGUUUGGUGUUACACUUGUGACUCAUGUAAGUACGGACAGAAUCCUUGUUAUUCCUUCAUUAAUUAUCAUAUUUUAUAAGUUUUGGACCCAAGAUUGAUUUUUUUUCUUUUUCAGAUAUAACAUCACCUCUAUUAAAAGGAGUCUUGAAUGCUGCUAAGUUGGCUAAAUUUGAUUCCUAAAACUAUGAAGUUAUGUCUUGUCAACUAAAAGACCAAUAAAAUGUUGCUUUCAUUAUGUAGUUGUGUGUGUGUUAGCUAUGUGCCUAUUAUUACUUUAUUUGACUAUUUUGUUCUGCCUGACCUAUCUUGGUUGCAGAAAAGUUAGAAUAUUUAGUUUACUUUGUGGGAACCUGAACAUAUUCUUGAUUGCGUUCUAAUGAGCUUUCAGAACAUAUUCCACAUUUAGAAGUUAACACGUCCCAGGGGCAUAGGAACCGGGGGGGGCAUGUGCCCUCCCCCCAAUUUUUUCAAAGGACUAAAAGUGCCCUUUUUUGUGAUGAAAAGUGCCCUUUUUGUACAAGCUAAUGUUGCUGUAAAUACUAAAUUAACUUCAAAGGUGCCCUUUUUGUUUGGAAAUUUCCAAGUUUUUAAAAAAAAUUUGGUCAAAAACAUGCAAUUUCGGUAUGGUAUGACGGGAAAAUUUAUCCCCCCCCUUUUAGGUGCCCUUUUCAAUAUCCCAAAGUGCCCCUGGAAGCCGGUGCCCCCCCCCCCGAAUCUUUUGAUGCUUACUACGCCCCUGACGUGUCCAGAACGCAUUUGGCACGCGGUCGGAGUGCGUGCGGGACGCGUUUUUGAUGCGCUUGAAACGCAAAUGCGGAUCAUUUCUUAGUGGUAUCCAGGUUACGUACUAUCGUAGGUCGGAUUUAUUUCAUUGAUAUUACGUUAAAUAUCUUGUUAACUACAGCUUAUCGAAAUGUUUAAAUAAAAUGAAGCACACAAACCAUGUAUGUUGUAUUUUUGUGUUGGGAAAUUGGGCUUUGAGGUUACUAAAAGCAGAUCAGUUAAUAGUUCAACUGAGCUCGUUUUUACUUCAUAUUUCCUAAUUCUGCACACCUGUUAAAAAAGACCUUUUCCACGCUUUUAGUUUUUCUGCUUUUAUAUAUUUUGAGCAAUUUAUUCAUUUUGUAUAAAAGCCAAAAACGUAGACAAUAUGUACUAUUUAAAGCACGCGUAGGAAUCCUUUAUCGGAUCAGGAAACACGAGUGCGCAGCACGAGUGUUUUAUAUCUGAUAAAGCACGACCCAUCUAGACUACAAGUGACUUAAAUGACUUUAAAAACGACCCAUCUUAUAAGUCAUUGGCGAAGUAAUUUUAAAAAUAAACGUUGUCUAACCCGAGAAAGUGAACGUUUAUGUGAAUGAACAUGAUUUUUUAUCACAUAAAACCAUCGACAUGGCAGUGAUUUUCUUUGUCUUUUCUUCAUGAAUUAUUGAGUUUUUAAAAUACAUGAUAAUUACAUUUCAUAUUUUUAGUAACAUUCAAACGAGCACCACACUAUAUCCUCUGCAGUAUCGAAGUAAACCUAUCAAAAAAACUUUUGUGAAGGUCUCGUGAUAACAUGGAAGAGAAAAAUGCAAAGGAAAUUCCUGCAAAGGCGACCUCUGCCAUUUUGCCGGCUCCCAAGAAGAAUAAGAAGUCGGAGACAACAAGUCAAGAUACACCAGAGGUUGACUCAAGAAGCAGUCUGACUGAUAGUGUUGUGAAGCUGGAAGGCGCUUUGUCUACCACAGUCACAGAUAAACCUCAGUCCGAUGAUGAUGACCAGUUAAAGGAAGCCAUUGCCUUGUCUCUGUCAGAUACCGAUCAUGGUGGAGUCAAGCUAGAAGAUGCAGCUGCCGUGACUACAACAGACAAACUUCGGUGUGAUGAUGGAGACACGCUAGAACUACAAGCAACCAUCGUGUCUGUCACAGAUACAGAUCAAACUGACGGUGUAGCCAAGCCUGAAGGGGCAACUGCCUUGUCUGCGAGAGACGAGCCUCGGUGUGAUGAUAAUAAAGUGCUUGUUGAUCAAAUAAAAGGAGUUUUAUAUGGAAAUUGUAUCGGGGACGCCAUUGGAUUGUUGACAGAAUUCAUGGACAAAAACGAAGCUCAAAAAGUUCGUUGUUGUUUUAUUUGUUUCUUGUUCAGUUUCUGGCCAGUUGUUUCAAAGCCAAUUAACUUAACCCUAGGUUAACCUAAAAUCCAAAGCAAACAUCCCAAGAGCUUGUUUAUAAAUUUGGAAAUAUUUCUUCAGAAAUCUUUUCUGGAUCGGUAGGAGUUUUCUUCUCUGAAGUUUUGAAAUAAACACAAGUGCAGAAAUACAUAAACUAAAAAAACGGCAGGUUUAACCAAGGGUUAGCACUAAUCCAGCUUUGAACAACCGGUCCCUGAUAGAGAUUUAAGGGCAUGUUUAUAUGGAAGCCGGGCUGGCCCGCUUAGCGAGACAGCCCGGUAAGCGGGAUGAAUUUCUCUUGUGUUUAUAUGAUAAAAUUUCAUCCCGCUUGCCGGGACAAUUUUGUUGCAUUGUAUUGUUUUGACAGUUGUUAAAAAUAGCUUGCGGCGGUAUCUUUGAACUUUCAUCCCAGCAACCGGGCUAGCCCGCUUGUGAGUGUUUAUAUGGAGAAAUUUCCAUCCCGGUAAGCGAGAUCUCGCCUCUUUCAAGUGAGAUCUCGGCAACCGGGCCAGCCCGCUUGUCCAUAUAAACGCACGAUAAUUUUUACUAUAAAAAUAACUACACAGCGAGAUCUCGCUUACCGGGCUGUCUCGCUUAGCGGGCCAGCCCGGCUUCCAUAUAAACAGGCCCUUAACAGUUUCCUUGAUUUCUUAUUCCUUCACUUCUUACACAGUUUCCUUGAUUUCUUAUUCCUUAGCACUAUGGUAGCCAACGUCUGAUGAAUAUAUUCGAUACAAAAGACCUGGAGUACAAUCAGAAGGUUGAUGAUCGCCAUCGCUGUAACUGGAAAGAAGGAGACUGGACCGACGACUCAGAUCAAAUGAUUCUCAUUCUUAGAACGUUGGUUCAAAAUGGUGGAAAAGUGAGUAUUCUUGGGUUUCAUGUGACGUCACAGAAGUGAUGGGGGGUCAACUCUAAAACAAAACACAGUUAUCAGAGUGAGUCGAUUGUUCGUUUUAUGUAUUAGCCUUGUGUUUGGUGGCAAAUACAUGAAAUUUCGUAUCAUUUUCUCACUCCAGUACAGCAUAAGCAUCAAUACAUUUGAGGUUGACCCCCCGUCAGAUUCACUGCAUAAUGCUGUGUGAAACCCAAGAAUUAAGACCCGUUGGGGCAGGUGUGCUUUAUGUCUAGAAAUGAAACUAAUCUUUAUAUAGUAAACUUGUUUUGCGUCAUUUCACACAGUUUGAUGAAAAAGACUUUGCAAAGAAAUUGAGACACUGGGUUCGCCAUGGUUACGAGGAGCUUGGUGACACAGGCGGUUGUGGGCUGGGCAGGACGACAGCCUCUGUUCUCAGUCAUAGAGAUUUCUUAAAGAAUCCUCACAAGGUAGAAACCAUAGGUCUUAUUAUAGAUAUUUCUUAUACAGAAUCCUCACAAGAUAGAAACCGUAAGUCUGAUUUCAUGGACUUCGCGCAAAUAGAAUUUCACUCCGGUUUUCCUCCCACAGGGAAUGUUGACAGGGUGGGUUGGGAUUAUCCCCUAACUGACCCUUCCACUGUAGCUGUGCUCCGUGAUCAGACAUGAGUCAUAAGGUGGCUGCCAAAGGCGCCCUUAGAAAGCCUUGAACUUCAUCAGGUUGAGCUGCAUCCUUCGUAAUUCAGCUUGGCUCUCAGCUGCGAGUGAGGAUGAUUAUCCCCCACCUAUCCCCCCCCCCCACCUAUUUACUGAAUCUGUAAACUCACUAUGGUCAUUGCCAGGCGGCCAAAGACGUAUGGGAAGGCAGUGGAAGAUUCAUCGCUCCAAAUGGUGGAGUUAUGAGAACGUCAGUCCUGGGUACGAUGGAAUUUCCAGACUUGAACAAAGUCAUUGAGAAUACAAGGAGUGCUUGCAUGGUGACGCAUGCUGACCCGCGGUGUAUUGCGUCAUGUGUUGCUGUUACCAUAGCAAUAGCCCUGAUGUUGCAACGCGAAUAUGUGUUCAAUAACGGAGAACAUGACAUCAACGCAAUUAUGAGCACUGCUCACUGGUAUGCAGAACAAGAACUUAAAGAGACACCGCAAUAUGUGAGUAUACUUUUCCAACAGGUCUUUCAAGCGCCUUCGCUCGAAACGUCGAAGUUCUCCUUGUAUUUUUCAGGUAGUUGUAUUCCUAUCAAUGCGCAGUUUUUCCAACGGUGAACCACAGUAACUGUCGCGAUCUUUUACUAACCACAUCCUUUGACUGAGAACAACUUUGGUUCAAAAAUAAGCGAAAGACAGUGUGAAAAGAAGUGUAUAAUCUUGCUUGACAUAUCAAAUUUUGAUUCCACUGAUUCUUGUAUAGAAAGACGAGCUGAAGCACCACAUGUUUGCAGAAUCAAUUGACAAACUAGAGUUGGACUCACCACGGGCCAUUGGUUACACAUUCAAGUGUAUGGGGGCUGGUUUCUGGGCAUUCAGACAGAAAGAUUUUAGAGAAGCAAUACAGGCAAUUACGAUGGAGGUUUGCAUUGAGAAUUAUGAAUUUUCCUUAUUUUAAUCCAUUUCGAUACAGGCCUAGAAAAUAUAUUUUUCUUCCUGGCAGCAAAAUUCAGAAAUAUAGAAAUCUCCUGUGUGUAAGUCAAAUGUAAAACCUCAUGAUAGCUAUAUAGAUUUCAGCGAGAAUAUGGUGUCGUACAUUGUGAUACACUUCAAUCUUGGCACAAGACAAUCUGGACUCGCAAAAUGCUUUUGGAAACAAUAAGUAAAUGAUGCUUGUGAUGUUACUCUGAGUGUAUAUCCACACCGGGCAAGCUUGAAAAAUAGCCUUCAUGACCACGGUGGGAAUCGAACCUACGACCUUUGUUCCAAAGGUCGUAGGUUCGAUUCCCACCGUGGUCAUGAAGGCAUAUUUUUCAAGCUUGCCCGGUGUGGAUAUACACUCAGAGUAACAUCACAAGCAUCAUAUUCACCUGAGUACAUUACACCAUACAGAAAAAUCAUGAAUAAGUAAAUUAUGUGGCAUUCCAAUAUAUAAGAUGACAAAAAUGCCCUGCAAAGAUAUUUUGUCAAAAAUUUCCUGGCAGCCGGAUAUUUUCCAGCACUGUUUCGAUAGACGAGGUUUUGUUUAAGUAAUACCACAGUAGGACACAUAACUGGUGUUAGUAUGUUCCCCUUCUGAAGAGUUCUUGAACCAUAGUACUGCUCUUUCAUAUCUAGGCUGGUGAUGCAGAUACUAACUGUGCAGUUGCAGGAGCCUUAUUGGGCUGUAAAGUUGGGUUUCGCAAAUUGCCUAAAUCUUGGGUCAAGGGUCUAUGUCAUCGAGGCUGGCUGGACAAAGAAAUUAAAAGGUUUUGUACAUUUUACCAGAUCUAGGAGUAGUUGAUAUGUUUGGUCGUACUCUUUUCAAAAACUAAAUCUGUUGUUUUAUUUUUAGCUACUUCACACUGCUUGGAUUGCAACACUAA